CGGAGCCUCGUCGCCGAGCGGGGCCCGUCCUGCGGCCGCCGGUAUGUCGUCCGGGCCGCGCUGCCUGGUGUGCGCUCAGCCCUGCCUCUCGCCGCGGCUGUUGCCCUGCCUGCACUCGCUGUGCGCGCGUUGCCUGCGCCGGCUGGGACCGCUGGGGGAACCGGGCCGGGCCGCCGUUACCGCCGCCGCCUCACGGAGCGUCCUCUGUCCGGUGUGCGACGCUGAGGUGGCCCUACCGCCCGGCGGCGUCGGCCAGCUCACCCCCGACUACCUGGCGCUGAGCCGCGGCGGGGCGGCGGCGGGGUGCGACCUCUGCGCCGACGGGGCGGCCGUGAGGCGGUGCCUGACCUGCGAGGCCGACCUCUGCCUCUUCUGCUGCCAGGCCCACAGGAGGCAGAAGAAGACGGCCUCUCAUGCCGUGACAGAGCUGGAGAACAGCAAGGAUUGCAGCCAGGCCGAGAAGCCUUGCUUCUGCCCUUCCCAUCCCGCAGAGAGGCUGAGGCUGUUCUGUGAGCAGUGUGACCAGCCCGUGUGCCGAGAUUGCGUUGUAGAUGGGCACCGGCAGCACCCCUACGACUUCAUUGGCAACGUCAUCCACAGGCAUGGGGAUGCCCUGCGGGAGCUGCUGAAGAGCACCCAGCAGCGCAUGGGCACCCUCGAGGGUGUGCUGAACCAGAUUGAUGAGGUGGGUAGUGCUGUCCGCGGUCGCAUGGAGGCUGUGGCCGCAGAGAUCUGUCUGUUUGCCAGCGGGUACGUGAAAGCGAUUGAAGAACACCGGGACCGGCUGCUGAAGCAGCUGGAGGACUUGAAGGUGCAGAAGGAAAACCUGCUCCACUUGCGGAAGGCCCAGCUGCAGCAGCUGCUGCUGGACAUGAGAACAGGAGUGGACUUCACGGAACGUUUGCUGACAAGUGGCUCAGACCUGGAGAUCCUUAUCACCAAAGGGGUGGUAGCCAGCCGGCUGGCAAAGCUGAACAGCGUUGCUUACAACACCCAUCCCAGCGUGGAGGACAGGAUCCAGUUCUUUCCCCAGGAGAGGGCAGGGCAGUGUCGUGGCUAUGAACUGUUUGGGACCAUUCUCAAUAAAGUGGUUGAUCCAGCCAGAUGUACCCUGCUUGGGGAAGAUCUCCACAGUACCCGUCAGAACCAGCUGACUGGCUUUACCCUGCUGUGCAGUGACACCACGGGGGAGCAGAUGGGGCGAGGAGGGGAGACUGUGCAGGUCACCAUCACCCACAAGGACAAGAGGGACUGUGCAGUCAAGCCAACAGUGUGUGAUAAUGGUGAUGGGACCUACCAUAUUUCCUACAGCCCUGAGGAGCCAGGCUUGUAUGCUGUCUGCGUCUAUGUGAAAGGGCAGCAUGUAAAGGGCUCUCCAUUCACUUUGAUGGUGAAAAACAAGUUCCGUGAGCACCGAGGCGUGUUUCACUGCUGCACCUUCUGCUCAAGUGGAGGGCAGAAAGCUGCUCACUGUGCCUGUGGGGGUACCAUGCCAGGUGGGUACCAAGGCUGUGGCCACGGACACAAAGGUCAUCCUGGCUGCCCCCACUGGUCAUGCUGUGGACAAGUGAAGGAGAGCUCAGAGUGUUUGGGAGGGCCACCCAGCGACACCUCACAGAGGAGUUUGCUCAGGACAGUUGCCCUCUGAGCAGCCAGGUGAGCCCCUGCAAGCCCAGGGCACUGCUGCUGGUUGCUGCAUGAGCACAAACCAUGAGGAUCCUCGCUAUCACUGCAGAACCUCACUGCCAAUAUCGUGAAGGGUGCAAACUGAGAAGGAGGAAUGAGGGAAAAUAAA